AUGGUGCGCUCCUGUUCACUGAGAAAUUGUAAUAAUUCAGUGAGACAAAAGUACCGAUUUUUUUUAUUACCAUCAGUUAAAAAAGUUGCUAAAAGAGCUGCGUGGUUACAACAAUGUGAUUAUUUAUUAACAGAACCACUUCCUACUAGUGGUAAUUCAAUAUCUCUCUGUGAAGUAAAAUACGGACCAAGCGUCCGUACAAUUUUAAAACCAACUGCAAUACCAACAAUUUUCACCAAAAACCCUCCACGAGUGAGCGACGCAGUGGAAUUGUGGUACGAGCGUGAAUACAAGCACAACAACACACUGUCAUUAUUGAAUGACCUGACAGACGAUUCUAUAAUCUACAACAAUGACAACCAGGACAACGAGGUUGAACUCCUGGAGGAGCUGAACGACGACAACGGGUUCGAGUAUGUAGACGUGGAAGACACUCCGCCUAAGCGAGUGAAAUUGAUACGCAUCCAGAGGAACAAAAUGCAGAUCGCGACGCCGCAGGGUAUUAAAAUAAUUUCGGCUUCAUGCAAGACGCAGCUGAACAACAUCAAUAUGGCAGAGCACACCCAGGUCGAGCACUUCGAGGAGGGUCUUUCGCCGCCCUCGAGCAACGACAUGGAGAACGUCGACGACAACUCGAGCUCCUUUGUCACAAUGAGCGGCAAGAGAUACUGCUUGGACGUCGACAACAAGCAAGUGGCGUUCAAAGUUUCCGGGGAUGGAUCUCUGGGUCUGGAGUCGCUCGAGUCCGAGCACGACCAGGCUGAGUAUGACCAUCACCCGGAGAAUUACAACCAAGAUCCAGGAAAUUACAAUUAUAUCGAGAGCGGUAAUUCUAAUUUUAAUUCUAAUUAUAAUUAUAAUUGCUAUUCCAACAAGAGGAAGGUUGUAAAUUCGACGUUUAAAAAACAACACAAGUAUGAAAUUACUCCGGUGUUUAUCAAAAAGGAGAUUGUUGACGAUGAAAUUGACGACAAGUCCAGGCUCAGAGAUAUUAUGCACUUCAAUAUCUCGCAAACUGACAGUAUAGAGUCUAAUGAGGCGCAUGAAGAGUCUGCUAAUGAGGCCUUUGAUCCAGUUUUGUUGAAGAAUUUAAAAACUUCUGAUCAUUUUGAUAAUGAUAAUGACAAUGACAAUGAUAAUAGGAAUUAUAUCAUUAACGAUGAUGAUCAAUUGCAUGAUGAUCAAUCUCAAGACUUGGAUAAUGAUAUUGAUUAUUCUCAGCUGAUAAUGAGUGCUUCUGAUUUACAGAAGAGAGUCAAUGAGCUGGAAAUUGAAAAAGAUAGUAUUAUUAAAAAGUACCGACGAUUAGAAUUAAAAAUGGAAACAUUUCAAAACAACCUCCGAACAUUUUUAAACGAGGACCAAAUAAAACUCCUACAGUCUCAAUCUCCCUCAAUGAACACGACAUCCUGGUCAGCAGAAACGCUGAAAAAGAGCGCUAAGGUCCGUUGCAUUGUCGGUCCACGAGCUUACGAGUACUUACGUUCACAAGAGCACUACCCACUGCCGUCAUUCCGAACUCUGUACCGUCACCGUGAAAUUUCACGAAUAAACGACUACACCGACGAAAUGAUCCAGGAGCACAUGAACGCGACGAUAAAUCGGGUCGCGAUGGUUGCUGAGGAGUCCGAGGUUUCCGACGCUGACGAAGAAAUCGACGGUGAAGAAGAUUCGGAAAUCCUGGACGUCGCUCGCAUCAAACAAAAAGUCGCUGCUCAAAGGCCCGAACCUGAAACAGAAAUUGAACAAGAGGUGUUAGUUGAAAAUAAUUCCGAGCCCGAGCAUAUUGAUUUCGAUGCGCUAGAUCCCGAAAUUGAGGAAGAUGAAGAAGAACAGGAGCAAGAAGAAAUCGAUGAAAUCGAAUACGAGCCAAGUACAAGAAAUAUAGUUCAAGAUAUCUUAAUGAAUAUUGAUAAUGAUAUAUUACUGCCAUACGAGGAUAUUGCGGCCAUCGACGAGGUUCGGUACGUUCCGGAAAAAACAUCCACGUGA